AUCGUUCGCCGCGAUCUGACCGUCGUCGUCCCCGACGCCCAAGCGAAGCCGCAAGCAAACCAUAGAGUGAAAGUGGUUAAAUAUAUCACAACGCUUCCACACGAUCGAAGAGAGAAUGUGGAAUAAAUUUACUUGCAUAGUGUUGCUGAUUUCUCAGGUUGAGGUGAAUUUCUGCAGAAAAGCGAUAGAAUCAUUAACGGAUGGUUUAGAGAAAAGCUACGGAGAGUCUCAAGUCAGUAAAGAUGAUGGCUGUAAGAUUUCUUUGAGCAAAGAACUCAAUCUUAAGCAACCGCUCUUUCUCAUACCGGGAACAGAAACCUUUUAUUCCCCACUACCCAACACGACAGACCUACUGUUCAACCAGGGAGAACAGGUAGAACUAUUCUGUACGCGUGGCUUUGGCGAUUCCGAGGCAGUUCCAUCCAAGUCAAAUUCCAUCGUAACAACAUGUGACGGAAGCGACGGGUUUAUCCACAAUGGAGACAUUCACAACAUAACACAGCUCACCUGCAAGGGCCCGGUAUUUCAUGUGGCUUCUCGAACGGAAGACCGGUGUUUCAACGAUGCUACUUUGGUGAAAAUUGGUUUCGAUAUGGGAUCUCGUUUCCCCAAAGUAUACGAAGCAUGUUUUGAUGAAAAUAUCCUACAAACCUACUAUGUUAAGCAUAGUCUAUCCCCAUCGAACGCGAAACAUCAAUCUACGAAGCGACCUCCCUUCAUUCAAGGCGACUUCUACCCAUCUCUAAAGAUGUCCAAGUUGUAUAACAUAGAAUCACAACGAAAAACACUGGGAAGGAUUCUCGGAUCAGCCGAACGAGCCGACGCAUUGUUGAACAACAAAAAAGACCUAUUCCUUGCACGUGGGCAUCUCGCUGCUAAGGCUGACUUUGUGUUCGGUGCUCAUCAACGUGCUACGUUCUGGUUCAUUAACGUUGCACCACAGUGGCAGAAGUUCAACGCUUUCAACUGGCAGCGUAUAGAAACAGGCGUGAAAGACUUUGUUGCUCGUAACAAUUUAAAUGUUACCGUGUACACGGGAACACAUGGAGUUCUGGAACUUCCGGACGCAAAUGGUGAUAUGCAGGAAAUUUUUUUGGACUUCGAUCCCGACAAUGGAGGACGAGUACCGGUGCCGAAGGUUUACUACAAGGUUCUGCACGACGAGCAGAACGAUGCGGGAAUAGUGCUAAUUGGAGUGAACAACCCGCAUGCAACGAUGGAUGAAAUUAAGGAUAACUAUAUCUUCUGCAACGACGUUUCCGAUCAAAUUAGCUGGCUAAAGUGGAAACGUGACUUCAUUCCAGGUGGAUAUUCGUAUGCUUGCGAUGUGAAUGAAUUUAACGCUGUUACCAAACAUCUUCCGUUGAAGAAGAUUUCUAAUUUAGACACCGUGGAUGUCGACGGAGAAAGUUGCAAAAUUUCGCUGAAUGAAGAUCUGGACAGGAACCAACCACUUUUCAUCGUGCCACACACUGAACGAUUCGUCACUCCAAUUCCGAACACCACCGAUGUGAUGUUUAACCACGGCGAACAGGUUGAGCUGUUCUGCUCACAUGGCUUUCUGAUUUCGGAUGCCACUUCUAUGAUCACAACCUGCGAUGGAAACGAUGGAUUCAUUCAUCAUGGCAAAGUAUAUGAUAUUUCGCAUUUGACGUGCCGUGAUUCCGUUUUCCAUACGGCCACACGAAUUGGAAAGCACUGCUUCAACAACGCAACACAGGUGAAGAUUGGUUUCGACUUGGGCGCUCGGUUCCUAAAGCUAUACGAGGUUUGUUUCGACGAGAAGACUCUACAGAGCUACUACGUUAAGUACACUCUUUCGCCAUGGAAUAUCAAGCAUGAAAGGGCGAAACGGGAUCAUUUCCUGCAAGGAACUUUUUUCCCCGACAUUGAACUAGCAGAACUUUACACUUUUGAUACCCAGCAUGCAACAUUAGGUCUGAUUCUCGGAUCCACGGAACAUGCCGACACUGUAAUGAAUAGGAAAAAGGACAUUUUUCUAGUUCGUGGGCAGCUUGCUGACCAGGGAGAUUUUGUUUUCGGUGCACAUCAGGUAGCCACUUUCCGGUACAUAAACGUUGCUCCACAGUGGGACAAAUUUAGGAGUUUCAACUGGCAGCAUAUCGAAAAUGGCGUGAAGACGUUCGUAACCCGACGGAAUUUGAAUGUGACUGUGUACACCGGAACUUACGGAAUUAUGGAGCUACCGGAUGAUAACGGUGAUAUGCAAAAGAUAUACUUGGACUUCAACUUCCAUGAAGGCAGUCGUAUCCCCGUUCCGAAGAUCUUUUAUAAAAUUCUUCAUGAUGAACAGAACGAUGCUGGGAUUGCGCUGAUUGGAGUGAACAAUCCUCACUUGACGAUGGCCGAAAUUGAGAAGGAUUACGUCUAUUGUGAAGACGUAUCCGAGAAGAUCGACUGGUUGCCGUGGAUUCGCGAUUACAUCCCGGGAGGAUAUUCGUAUGCGUGCGAUGUAAAUGAGUUUAACGAUGUUACCUGUCACCUUCCGUUGGAUGAGAUUGCCAAUUUGUUAGUGUAG